CACAUUCCGUUUCCGGGUUACACAGCCAGUACGCUUCAGGCGCUGGACAGCACUAGCGAGUCACAGUGAAGCUCCGUUCCCACAACAAAGCGAGUGUAACCCUGACCGAAGCCUGGGGAGCUGCGCAUGCGUGCGAGGGGCAGGAGAGGCGGAGUUUUACACAGCCGUUGAGAACGAUGGCUUCUGUAGGAGAUCUUAAAGCGGUUGUGAAGGAUACUCUGGAGAAGAGAGGAGUUAUGGGGCAGCUAAAGGCCAGAGUUCGAGCAGAGGUGUUUGAAGCAUUGGAUGAUCGCAGUGAACCCAAACCAGUUCUGUCCCCUGAAAAUCUACUCAUCAAUGAACUGAUUAGAGAAUAUCUGGCAUUCAACAAGUAUAGAUACACAGCAUCAGUCCUAACUGCCGAAACUGGCCUUUCAGACAUUCCACUUGAUCGUUCAUUCCUCACUAAAGAGCUUAAUGUUGUUGACGAUAUGAACUCCCAGUCAGUACCAAUUCUCUAUGGGAUCCUUUCUCACUUUUUAAAAGAACAUGAAGAGGGACCGUGCCAGAGAGUAGAGAAUGUGUCAGCAGAAAAGCAAACAUUUAGAAACAUUCUGCGAGGCAGAAAUACAAAAGCUUCCUGUUUGCACCAGAUUAAAGGACAAUGAAAGCUUAAUAUAAAUUAAAAAUCAUCCAGGCCCGUGCAGUUAACACAAACAAGCACUGAAGAUCGGCAUCAGCGAAGGCGCAGAUAAUUGCUUGUGAAGUAUUCCAGAGGGAUGACAGUUCGUUUACUCUAUAAAGUUUUCUGCAUUACAGACAUCGUGGGCUUAUCUCUCCUAAACAAAUGUUUUUAGACACUUUAGGGAGAGAGUUUUUUUUAGACAAAGCUGCUAUAUUUAUUAUAUUGUAACCAUAUUGGACAAGUUUAUUUUGUAACAAUGCAAAUAAAAAUGCACAGUGUACAUUAUUUAUA